AAUCUGUUUGACCUGGAUAUGAAAGAGUUGUGUCGUGAGCUCUGGAUAAUACAGGCUUCCUCUCUUCCUGAGUCACACUGUCCUGCAGGGCCUCCUGGCCCCCAGGGUCCACAAGGAAUUCCUGGAAUAAUGGGACCAAAAGGGGAGAAAGGGGAGAUUGGCAGGCCAGGAAGAAAGGGCAGACCAGGUCCCCCAGGCGUCCCUGGGAUGCCAGGACCAGUAGGAUGGCCUGGACCUGUGGGACCGAAGGGUGAAAAGGGAGAGUUGGGUGUGAUGGGAUUGCCAGGUACAAGAGGACCAAUGGGCUCCAAGGGUUUUCCUGGAACUAGAGGAGAAAAGGGUUCCAGAGGUGACAGAGGUGACAAAGGAGUCAAAGGAGACCAGGGAGAAACAGGCUUCCCUGGAAUGCUGGGACAAAAAGGAGAGAUGGGCCCCAAGGGACAAUCUGGAGUACCAGGACACAGAGGACCUAUAGGAAGACCUGGAAAACGAGGCAAACAAGGUCUAAAGGGAGACAUUGGACCUGCGGGUGUCAUGGGUCCACCUGGAAGGCCUGGUCCUACUGGCCAGCCAGGCCCCCCUGGACCUUCAGGAUUAGGGCAAUUUGCAAUAGGACCAAAGGGAGAACGAGGACUUCCAGGGCCUCCAGGGAGAUGUCUCUGCAGAACACCACAACAUAUGAGUAACCCCUCAUAUGAAGAAUCUCUGUUUGGACACAGCUAUCCAAAAGUUCCUGCCAUUUUUGUGGUGAAUAAUCAAGAAGAAUUGGACCGGUUAAACACAGAAAACGCCUUAGCUUUUAGAAGAGAUCAGAGAUCUUUGUAUUUCAAGGAUACCUUUGGAUGGCUCCCAGUCCAGCUCACCCCUUUCUAUUCCAUGGGUUACCGCUUCGAGGAUGGCAGUACCUGUGGAGAUGGGAUCGUACAGAAUGGGGAAGAGUGCGAUGAUGGCAAUGCAGUUGUGACUGAUGACUGUAUAAGAUGUCGCCGUGCUUACUGUGGAGAUGGCUACAGGCACGAGGGGGUUGAAGACUGUGAUGGGAAUGAUUUUGGAUAUUUGACAUGUAGGACAUAUCUCCCUGGGUCUUACGGAAAAUUGCGAUGCACUUCUUACUGCUACAUUGACUCCACACAGUGUCGAUACUUCACAUGA